AUGGAUAUCCCUCCGCCAGCAGCACUCCGCAAGAUCGCCCGCGAGGUGUAUGCGAUGGUCAAUGACCCUCCAGAGGGGAUUCGGAUGAUCCUCGGCGAGGACAUGAGUGACAUCCAGGCCUGGAUUCAGGGACCAGGCUUCUUUGUGACAAAAAUAUUUCACCCCAACGUGUCCAAACAAGGCGAGGUGUGUGUCAGUACACUCAAGAAAGACUGGAAGAAGACUCUCGGACUCAAGCAUAUCCUUUUGGUGGUGAAGUGCCUGCUGAUCUAUCCGAACCCAGAAUCGGCGUUGAACGAGGAGGCAGGACGGUUGCUCUUGGAGCGGUACGACGAUUACGCACGACAUGCCGUUUUGAUGACGGUAAUCCAUGCUCAGUCGGCUGGAAAGGAUGCAUUCCCACCACCCAAACCGCCAGGAGCGGACGCGCAGGAGGGUUCAAAGGACAGUGAUACUUUAUCAUCAGCUAGUGUCACAGGAGAGACUGAUGGUGAAGCAAAGGAGGCGAUGAUGGCGGCGUUAGCGAUGAAGGAUACACCUAAGGCAAAACCUGAACGUGCGCCUCAAGGCGAGGAUCAAGCCUCGACCGCUGCUUCCUCCGCCUCAUCGUCAUCGUCUUCUUCAUUGGCGGAACCCAGCUUAUCUACGACAGCGACUACAAUCCCUACGAAACGGAAACUAGGAUCUGCGGAGAACCGGGUAGAGCAGGAACCAGCCUCGUCAUCAUUGUCAACUGCAACAUGUCCAUCCUCCUCACCCUUUUGCUCAAGUACGAGCACAACCAACAGCCAUGGACGACCAUCCGCAGCUCAACAACAGCAAUCACGGACCGUCCUGACUGCACAGCGGAAUUCUACAUCGACAACGAUUGCCAGUGCGCAAGCCAAAACCCAGCUGAACCUUCUUGCACGGCAAACAUUGCAGGGAGCACCAUUGGCACAUCGGAGCCAAGGCCUCAACAUGUUGCAGAAACAGUCAGCCUCUGUCAGUGACCAAUACAAUAGCCAACAGCAACAAGAACAGCAGCUCCCAAAGGAUGAGCUUUGCAACAGCAGCAAUACCUACCAUAUGCUUUCUCCAAAAAUGGCGCAUAAUACCCUCCUCGGAAGUACACCUACCACAACUGCAACGUCGGUCAUGACAUCUGUGGCUGUAGUUACUUCCAGGUCCACCACCGUCACAGCGGGAACUUCUUCUUCGACUGUCGGCCAGCAUCAUCUUCAAUCGGUACUUGCGGGUUCAUGUAGCAGCAGCCUUUCGCUCACUCAACACUCGACCACGACAACCUCUAUAUUAACGACAGCAGCGGCAGCGGCGUCAAUGCUUCGGCCCUCAUGUCAGGCGGCUCCUCAUAACCUGAGCAGCCUGAACCAUGUUCGGCCGGAGCUUCAUGUGGACAAGAAGCGGGCCUUGCGUCGACUCUGA